CCUGUCUGGAGCCCGGCGGCGGCAGUGGCGGCAGCGGCGGCAGCGCGGCGCAGGCACCGGCCCGGGAGCAGCACCAUGAGCGGAUCACAGAACAAUGACUUGAAAAGACAGUUUCUGCUGGAGCGACUCCUGGAUGCAGUGAAACAGUGCCAGAUCCGCUUUGGAGGGAGAAAGGAGAUCGCCUCGGAUUCCGACAGCAGGGUGACCUGUCUGUGCGCCCAGUUUGAGGCCGUCCUGCAGCAUGGCCUGAAGAGGAGCCGGGGAUUGGCGCUCACGGCGGCCGCAAUCAAACAGGCAGCAGGCUUCGCCAGCAAAACAGAAACAGAGCCGGUGUUCUGGUUCUACGUGAAGGAGGUCCUCAGCAAGCACGAGCUGCCACGCUUCUACUCCCUGCGCCACAUCGCCUCAGACGUGGGCCGCGGCCGGGCCUGGCUCCGCUGUGCCCUCAACGAACACUCCCUAGAGCGGUACCUGCACAUGCUCCUGGCCGACCGCAGCAGGCUCAGCACUUUUUAUGAAGACUGGUCUUUUGUGAUGGAUGAAGAAAGGUCUAGCAUGCUUCCCACCAUGGCAGCUGGUCUGAACUCUAUCCUCUUCGCAAUUAACAUCGACAACAAGGACUUAAACGGGCAGAGUAAGUUUGCUCCUACCGUCUCAGACCUCUUGAAGGAGUCCACGCAGAACGUGACCUCCUUGCUGAAGGAAUCCACGCAAGGAGUGAGCAGCCUUUUCAGGGAGAUCACAGCGUCCUCUGCUGUCUCCAUCCUUAUCAAACCCGAGCAGGACACGGAGCCCCUGCCCGUCGUGUCCAAGCACGUCAGCACCGAUGCCAAAUGUAAAAAGGAGCGGAAGAAGAAGAAAAAGGUGACCAACAUCAUCUCGUUUGACGAUGACGAAGAGGAGAACUCUGGUGACGUUUUUAAGAAGAUACCCGGGGCCGGGGAGAGUUCAGAGGAGAACUCCGACCGCUCCUCGGUCAACAUUUUGUCGGCCUUUGAAAGCCCCUUCGGGCCAAAUUCCAACGGAAGUCAGAGUAGCAACUCAUGGAAAAUUGAUUCUCUGUCUUUGAACGGGGAGUUUGGGUACCAGAAGCUCGACGUGAAAAGCAUCGAUGAUGAGGAUGUGGAUAACAACGAGGAUGACGUGUACGGAGGGAGCAUGUCCGGAAGGAAGUGCCUGGGACACUCGGGGUCGCCUGAGAAGCCGCUGGAUGCGAACGCCCGCCUCGCCCAGAUGCACAGCUGGGCCCCGCUGCAGGUGCUCCAAGGUGACGCCGAUGUCCUCUUUCCGGUCAGCGGAGUGGGCUCAUAUGGCCCUGCAGAUGCCCCCCUUGGGAGCCUGGAGAACGGGACCGGACCAGAAGACCAUGUUCUCCCGGAGCCUGGGUCCCGGUACAGUGUGGAAGCCAGUCCUCCUGGCCAGGGAGGCCCUCUCAGCAGCCUGCUACCUUCCUCCUCGGUGCCAGAGUCGAUGACAAUUAACGAGCUGCGCCAAGCCAUCGUGGCCAUGAUGACCCGGAAAGACGAGCUGGAGGAAGAGAACAGGUCUUUGCGGAACCUGCUCGAUGGUGAGAUGGAGCAUUCUGCUGCACUCCGGCAGGAGGUUGACGCGUUGAAAAAGAAGGUGGCCGAGCAGGAAGAGCGGCACGUCACGAAGGUCCAGGCGCUGGCAAGAGAAAACGAGGUGCUCAAAGUCCAACUGAAGAAAUAUGUAGGAGCUGUCCAGAUGCUGAAAAGAGAAGGUCAAACAGCUGAAGCUGUCCCAAACCUUUGGAACGUUGAUGGAGAAGUUGCAGUCACUGAGCAGAAGCCGGGAGAAGUCGCCGAGGAGCUGGCGAGCUCCUACGAGAGAAAGCUCAUCGAGGUGGCGGAGAUGCACGGCGAGCUGAUUGAGUUCAACGAGCGCCUGCACAGGGCCCUGGUGGCCAAGGAAGCCCUCGUGUCCCAGAUGAGGCAGGAGCUCAUCGACCUGCGAGGGCCGGUGCCCGGAGAUUUGAGCCAAACAUCCGAAGACCAGAGUUUGUCGGAUUUUGAAAUAUCAAACCGGGCGCUGAUCAACGUCUGGAUCCCAUCAGUGUUUCUGCGGGGCAAAGCGGCGAAUGCCUUCCACGUGUAUCAGGUCUACAUCCGGAUAAAAGACGAUGAGUGGAACGUGUAUCGGCGGUACACAGAGUUCAGGGGUUUGCACCACAAGUUACAGAACAAGUACCCUCAAGUGAGGGGCUACAGUUUCCCACCCAAGAAGGCCAUUGGAAACAAGGAUGCCAAGUUUGUGGAGGAGCGGAGGAAGCAGCUGCAGAACUACCUGCGCAGCGUCAUGAAUAAGGUCAUCCAGGUGGCCCCCGAGUUUGCCGCCAGCCCCAAGAAGGAGACCCUGGUGCAGCUGAUGCCCUUCUUUGUCCAGGGCACGCUUCAGUGACGACGGGGGAGGAAAGCCACGGCCGGCCUGUUCUUUCACAGCCUUCAAACUGGGGCCAGAGCUAACCACCCCCCCCCCCCAAAGCUAGUUGGAUGCACACCUAACGCUCGGGGGCUUUUGAAGACGGAAAAUGCACAUGAUCCGGGUUUUCCAUUUCCCCUGUUGCACUCACCAGAGCUGGGUAGCGACUGUCCCCUCUGAGACCACUCCUGCUGUCCUCACACCCCACUGUUGGACGCCCUGCCUGGAGCCGUUUGCAUUUGGAAGCCCUGACUUAAUCAGAUUCUCCCCUGCUCUGUCUUACAGCGACAUUACUCCUCCCGGAGAACCACUGACCAAGAACAGCCGACCCAAAGCGGCUUCCCGCUUCCCCAAGCUGUCCCGAGGUCACCCCAGAGAGACACGCAACGUGGAGCCCCAGAGCGGCGACCUCUGACCUCAGCAGCAUCCCAGACUCGGGCCCUAUGUGCCACGCCAGCUGCCUCUCCCCAGCAGCUCUGCGUCCGGCCUGGCCGCAGCGGCUGGUCCCUUAAUCCCUGGAGUGACAGCCAUGUCCACCCGGUGACCCCCCCAGGGAGCUCACCCUCCCCACCGGCUCCAGGACCCUAAUUAAACUGCUCAGUCUCAGAGGGCAAGGAGGCUCCUCGCUGGACGGCCACACGCACACUCUCCCAGGGCCGGUGCAGGGCAGCGGGAGGGUGGGCGCCAGGUCGAGCUCGCAGCCCGCUGGGUGACGUGCACAACUCUGAGAUUCCGUUGGGUCAGAAACCUUGUCUUGACUCUUUCCCACGUGGGAAUUAGAAGGACUGUUAUUACCCUUUUUCCUUUAAUGUCACUGCCUGCUGUAACCUUUGGACACGUGGGGUACAGAGCGGGAGGUCUUCCCCCUUCCCCUUUCGCUCUCCACCAGUGGUCAUCAGACAACCUGCUGUGGCCCCCGUGGCCAGCAGUGGCCGACGCGGCCUCCUUGUGAAGGAGCCCUUAGCGAUGCUGAACUGGGGUGCUUGCAGCACUUUCCCUGCCUUCCUGGAUUGGCUUCUGGACGUACCGGCCCACGUAGGAAACCUGAGGCCACCCCGGGCCCACGCACACCUCCGUGGGCUUGGUGGCACCUCCACCAUCUGGGCCAGCCCUCGGCAGCAAUCCAGGGACCCUAAGCUGGCCAGAAUCCAGGGCCUUGACCUCACUAGCCAAGAGGCCUCGAGGUCAUGAGAGACAUUCCGUUCUGCAAACCAUCGUGGAAGAGGCCGUGGCCCUGGGGCCUUGUGGUGCUCAGCGUGGUUCCCUGCGAACUUGGACCGUGUCCACUCUGAACAGAUCGUGGUCCUUCCCUAAAGACCCGCUCGUGCUGGACUCUCUACCCCCCACGUGCUCUUGGUGCACCCGGCCCGGGUUCUUUGAUUCCCCCAUCUCAGAGCAGGCCCCGUGGGCUGGGGCGGAGUGGGGAAGGGGCUGAAAAGGAGCAGCUCUGCCCGGCUCACGCUCCACUGCUCCCACAUCAGAUCACCUGAGAACCAGAGCCCUUUCACAGUGUCAACUCCCAGAAUCACACAACUGUCAUGCUCAGCUGGUGCGUAUAGUCACGCGGAGCUUGCGCCUUCGGGGGAAAUGCUGACAUACUAGAUCAGAUGUGAGACGGAGCAGGAGGAAGAUGGGGCUUGAGGUGUUUGUGAAAAAUGGCCAGUGGAAGGCUGACAACGUCCGCCUCCUGGGGCUGCUCGAGUCAGCCUGAGACUUGGCAAGCCACCCGGUAAGCAUCGAGCCUUUUCCCAGUGGAGGGGAACUCUGGAAGGUCUGCGUCCAACCCCCUGCUCGCCAGAAGGAAACGGAGACCGUGGACACACAGCUCUGCAGGGCAGCCGAUGGGCCCGAACUGCUUGUGAGGGGACGUUCAGCUAGGUGAGCCAGGCCCCGGUCCAGAACGAACGCCCUGUUGACAGCGGUCGGAAGCCAGAGGGGCCCCGCCGUCAGCUCCUGGGGGUUCAGAGGCCCUGAGACGCCAAGUCCCCGAAUGGCACCACGGGGUGUUGUUGGCCAAUGUGCCCACUGCACAUGCCUUGCUGUCACCUCCAGCCCCCACGGUGCCAGGCGGCCCCCGUCGCUUGCUGUGCCAUCGGAGUCCUCGUGGACUGAAUCGGGGACCAUCUGAAAGCUCAAGCAGCCCCAGGCCUGCCUCCACCUAGGUCAGUUGGAGGCAGGUGUGUGGUGCCCACAGAGGGACGGUCCUGCACUGCCGGCCUGGGAGCAGAACCCACCCCUGCGCUGUCCCCUGUUUGCAUCAGAUACGGAGUGGAGCCCCCUGUGUCUGACCACCCCCCGCCCCACACCCCACGCCGCCAUCCCCACCCACGGACAAAGGGUUCGGAUCACCCAGCCUGGUGGGGACCUGACCUGAAACCAGUCUGCGUGUAAAUCUGACCUCACCUUCUCUAACACCCCUCCCAGGAACAGGCUUUGACACUCUGUGCAGGGAUCCAAGUGCCGUGAACUGUACGGACAGAUGCCAGGCCUGGAUAAACACUUACACACUCAACCUCUAUUUACAAAAAGAGAAUCCCUGUCUUUUAAAGCUUAACUCUUCAUGGAGCACAGGCCCCACACACAGACCACCGCCUCUGAUUUCGGUUCAGACAAGCACGUGACACACAACAGCAGCUCCUCCAAGCCUUAACUCUGGAGUCACGGAGAAUGUUCGGCUGUGGUUCAGUCUAUCCAGCUGCUUAGGACCCCCUGCCCUACUGUCUGGUGAGGCGGGAUGGAUGGAGAAGCAAUGGAAUUCUGGUUCCUGGAGAAAGAACCAGAGACCCGGGUCCAGCCCGGUGCAGGCUGGGGUCGGACGCACAAGCCCCCCUCAGCCCCGUGCCCUGUCAGAAGGAAAGAACCAGAAAUCGUUCCUGUCUCCUGGAUCCAGUGAGAUCCUUUGGUGCCUCCAAAGGUGGCAUCCGAGGAAGGGGCGGCAGUGUUCCCCUGGGAGAGGACAUUCUGUCCCGUUACCUUUAGCACCAAUAACGAGGCACAUGCGAGGGCUUUCUGGGUACAGAGGGAUCACCUGACUGAGGUGUAAAGACAGAACCCAUCGUAUUAGGACACCUGGCACGAGAUGGGAACAGAGGGAGGGGUACGGGCCAUGGUCUGUGGACGGGGUGUGACUGCACACGCCGGGCUCUGCUCCGUGGCUUGGCCCUGUGGAGUUCUCGGAGAACCACUCAGAGUUGGCACCGACCGGCAGGUGUGGCUUCUGCCUUUCAAAACAAGAGGCGGCCCAACCUGUCCACACCGCAGGAUGGAUACAGCAGCAGCAGCCCAUGCUGAGAGCCGACAGGCAUGGCCAGCCUGGUAAUUGAUCCACUUUGCGACCGAGAGGCAGGAAACAGGAACGAAGAGCCACCAGGCCAGUUGCUCAGAGAAUACCCUGAUUGCCCAGCUCCCAGAACCCGGGUCACACUAAGUGUCCCCUUUUUCUCUCAGCUCCACAGGGGACAGUUUGCAAGCCUGAGGCCCAGGUCUCUAGGCCUUGAACCGCACCCCACCCCCACUCCACCCGCUCCCCUUCACGUUCGGCACCAGCCAGCCCCCCACACAGAGGCCAGGCCUUAUUCUCUGAGGUCCUGGCAGCCACCCUCCCCGCCAGGCUCUUCCAGAAGCCUUUAUGCUUCAGCCUCUGGCCCCUCUGUACCAGGGGUAGAGCCCGUUCCCGUGAGGGGCUCCGCUCCCCCGGGAACAACUCGCCUUGCCGGGGUGUGGACCUGACACAGAGAACAGGCUCCCUUUUCCCCCCGGAGCCACCAGAGAAAGACACUGCGAGGGCCCCGCCUGUGCAGGAACAGCAGGCUGGCCCGGAAGUGUCCCCGAAGGGUCACACCUCAGGCUCCCUCUCAACCCCACAGGCAGUAAUUGUCUUGAGCUUUCCUCAGUGUCUCACUGGGGCCUGCCACGCGUGGAGGACUCCGGAGGGUCUGCCCGCAGGCAGGCAUCUGCUCUUGAGCGAGGUCUCGCACGGCGAUCAUUCUUCCAAGUAUUUUGCAUUGUUUCAUUAAAGCGAACAUUAAAUAUUUGCUGUUCGGUUUGGCUUCUGUGCUAACUUUGCACAACUGUAGCACUGUAUAUUUUAUCUAACACUUCUGUGCCAGAAAGUUCAUUUCCAUGUUUCUGUAACACGUGGUCUUGAUUAGGUUUCUUAAAUACAACUUCAGCUACGGGCUCAGGAGGCAAGAGGGGGUGAACACUGGUCCCCCCACCCCCCAGGCCCUGCUCAGAGCAGACCAGCUACAGGCUCACCCUGCCGCUACCCCGAUGUCCCCUGACCCAUUCCCCUCCAGGUUUCACCCCUUGCCGUCAGCCUUGAGCCAUUGCUGGGUACGGGCUGGAUUUUUGAUAGCUGGAAGUUAGGCCCAGGGGUCUUUACUUCUGUGUCUAAAUCCCAAUCCCCAUCCUGAGUCAGUUUCCUUAGCGGAAAAAAGAAAUCCGCUUUCUCUGCAAGACGGUUGAGCCUACAGCGUGGAUGAGCACACCCACUGGUCGAACAGGCUGAACUGGUGUCCUGAGGCCCAGGGGGUCAGUUCUUGGGGGCACAUGAAUGCUUCAUCAUAACUGGAAAACCACUACCGACCUGUCCAGGUACCACCCUUCCCAUCGGAACCAGGGCCGGUCUGCUUCCCACCUCGAUGAAUUAAGUGGAGUGGCCACUCCUUCCCCUUGAAGAUUCUUGAUCACCAUCAAGAGAGGCCAUGCAGGGGGGAGGCCCUUGCAAAAACUGGGACUGGGCCAUGGAAGGAUACAAAAUGGCAGAUUGCACAUUUGCACCCAGAGGGGCUGAAAUCAGCCUGGAGAGCAGGAGUUUCCAGGAGUGAGGGGGUGUGGACCUCCUCAGGAGCUUUUAUGAUCAAGGAUUCAUCCUAGGAAGGAUGGCUUUACUCCACAGCCUUAGUGGCACCAUCCCUGGCGUAGUCAUUUGGUACAACACUCUGAUUACCUUAGUAGACACGGAUGUCUUGGAGGAGGGAGAUCUCAGAAUGCAGGAGCCGUCACAUCCCGGGGGAAGGACCCCCAAUGUCUGGGUCCCCGUGAGCCCUCUGCAGGGGGGUAAGAAGGCAACAUAUCUAGAGCCUCGUGCACUGUCUGGACGUGAGUGGGGCUAGCAGGUCACAGGUUGGCUCUGAAACGUGUAAUAGUAUGUUAACUACCCUUUUAUGUUAAAGUUUACACAAUAGAAUUUUUAAACAAAUGUGUUUAAUUUUCUAAAAUCUCUUAUAUUAAAGUUUUCUUUUGGAA